AUGAUAUUAAAAUUUACGUUUCCGAAAAUCUGUUAUACGAUACGCUGUGUAUACAACCGUUGUUCAGGCCAAUACUGGACGAAAAUCUCUGAAGCAGUCAGAAGUCAUACCGGAAACACUUAUCAAUCCUUUAAUAAAGUUCUGAGACUCCUAGAGAUACUUAUGGAAUACAAAGGAUUCGUUUCCACAGAGGCUUCUACUGUUGAUCCUUCAAGCAUCCCCUUAUCAAUCGCUUUGUAUCGCCUUUCUGUUCGAGACCUUGGACCUGUGUGUUUUCUUCCUCCUGUGGUAUUUGCUGUUACUGGCAUCAUACUUACAAUGUUACCCAUUGUUGUAACUGCACGGGAACGAGUAGUACGAAACGAAAUAUUUUUGGAUGCUUUACAGGUAGCUGCUGUUCACAACAUCCUUCGUAUCCAAGCCAUAUCUUUAACGUCCGUCCCUGCUUUGCCUAAAAGAUUCUCAUCCUUGGCUCUUUUCCAUUUAAACGUUUAA